AAGGAGACUCUGAGGAAGCAGGACAUUCCUACUAGGCGUCGCGGCGUCCGAGCUGAGGAUGGCCGAGCAGCAGGGCCGGGAGCCUGAGUGCCCUGUCUGCUGGAACCCCUUCAACAACACGUUCCACACCCCCAAAGUGCUGGACUGCUGUCACUCCUUCUGCGUGGAAUGCCUGGCCCACCUCAGCCUGGUGACUCCAGCCCGGCGCCGGCUGCUCUGCCCCCUCUGUCGCCAGCCUACUGUGCUGGCCUCUGGGCAGCCUGUCACAGACUUGCCCACGGAUACUGCCGUGCUCUCCCUGCUACGCCUGGAGCCCCACCAUGUCAUCCUGGAAGGCCACCAGCUCUGCCUCAAGGACCAGCCCAAGAGCCGCUACUUCCUGCGCCAGCCCCGGGUUUACACGCUGGACCUAGGCCCCGAGCCUGGGAGCCAAACUGGGCCCCCUCAGGACAUAGGCCCUGCCUCCGGGUCUCUGCCCAUUCCUGUCCCCAGCCACUACUCUCUGAGGGAGUGUUUCCGCAACCCUCAGUUCCGGAUCUUUGCUUACCUGAUGGCUGUCAUCCUCAGCGUCACUCUGUUGCUCAUCUUCUCCAUCUUUUGGACUAAGCAGUUUCUUUGGGGUGUGGGGUGAGCGUUGCUUCUAGACAAGGAGCCAAGUCUUUCCUGACUGCUGCUGGGCACGGGGACCGCAGGGCCUCCUUUGGGGUUGUCUUCCUUUGUAGUAUUGUUCCUUUUUACAAUCUGGGGGAUCAGUAAGGCCAGGUGUUUGCUUCUGGGAACAGAGGGUCCUACUGUAAUGGGAACUCUUGAAACCGAAAAGGCUGGGAGAAGGUGUGAAGGGCCCUCUGGGUGUGAGCCAUGGGGACACAGAAGGGCAGAGAAGCAGAUCUGGGACUACGGAGCUACGUGGCAAGUUGUGCUCAAGGGCUGGAUGACGGUAUACAGGAGCUUGACUAGCCCAGAAAGGGGCAUUUCUCACUGGAGUUGCUCCCAAUUCAGUUCACAUUUGGGUUGCUCUUUUCAUUAUGUCUUGCUGCAAUUUUGGAAAGUGAGCCUCAAUUCUGUGAGCAAAGGCACAGGCCUUCUUUCGGUUUUCUCUUUGGAAGUCUUGCACUCAGUCCCGGGAAAAGCGGUCCGCAGUAAUGAGCGCAUGCACUUACUCAUUCAACAACCACUUGGUCGAUGCUAGGGGACCAAACUAGGGGAAGGGGAGGGUAUGAUUAUCCAUGGGUGACAGGGAGCCUUUACUGGCAAGGAGGGCACGUUCCCUUGGCUGCUUCUUGCCCAAGACAACCUCUUGUUGGUGUGUGGCCUAUGGAGUGUUAAGAGUAUAAAGCUUUAAAGGUGAUCAAAAGAAAUCUGGGAUUUGGAAGAAAGGUUAUUCCUCCAGGUAGGUGCAGAGGCCCUGAUUAAGCCUGGAUGCUGAACGGAGCUGACUCCCCUCCUCCAGGCAAUGGAAUCCUGACCUCGAGGUAGGUGGAAGCCCUGGACAGAGGAAAAGCCUUAGCCUCCAUCCCAGGCCAUGCAGAUAGGGGGCCCUGUUUUCAUUUCAUGUGACAGAACUCAGAACCAAGGUAAACUAGAUGCAUAGGCUGUUUGACUCUAAAUUGCCACCUAGCAGUAUCUAAAACCCUUUCUUCUUCCCGUUUUAUUUUUAAAGAAAAAAAU